GAUGGAGGUGGUAUCCGCGGACUUUCUGAACUUCUCAUCCUCAAGGAGAUCAUGAACCGGGUCAAGGCUACCCAAGGUCUCGCAGAGGUCCCGCGUCCCUGCGAAUACUUCGAUAUGAUUUGUGGUACCAGCACAGGAGGGUUGAUCGCGCUCAUGCUGGGGAGACUUCGAAUGACCGUUGACGAUGCCAUCGCGCAGUACGGACGGCUUUCGGGUCGCGUCUUUGGUCAGAAGAAAUUUCUCUUGAGUGACGGCAAGUACAAGGCCUCCACUCUCGAGGAAGUAUUGAAGACCAUCAUCGCGGAGAAUGUGUACAACCCCGAGGAACGAAUGUUGGAAGACGAUACGGACCCGAAAAAGCCUGUAUGCAAGACGUUCGUCUGCUGCACGUCCGCCGUCAACCUGAGUCCUCGUUUCUUUCGCACUUACGAGGCCCCAGCGAACAAGACGUUCAAUUGCAUGAUAUGGGAGGCCGCUCGCGCUACCUCUGCUGCUCCGACAUUCUUCAAGCGCAUAGAAAUCGGGGAACCUGGUCUCAGGGAACCGUUCAUCGACGGUGGGGUGGGGCGCAAUAACCCAACCAAAUGCCUUCUUGAGGAAGCGGGGACGGUCUUCCCGGGCGUGCCCAUAGCCUGUCUCAUCAGCAUCGGUUGCGGACAGGCCGAUACGAUUGGCAUUGGGCCACCGCCGAGUCUCAUCUACCGCAUCAUUCCUCUGCAUUUACUGGAGAUCGCCAAGGCGCUGAGACAUAUCGCGACGGACUGCGAGGCUACGGCUCAAGACGUCGCUAAACAGUGCAAGGAUCGUCCAAACAUCUACUUUCGAUUCAACGUGGAGCAGGGGAUGCAGCGGAUACAGAUGAAUGAACAUGGGAGGCUGGAUGAGGUGUCAGCUCAUACGAAGCAGUACCUGAAGAAAGAAGUGAACAAUAGCAGAGUCAAUGUUGCGGCUCAACAACUUGGCAAGCAGCCAAAGCGUGGUUCUUCUGGUCGUGAGUUCUAUAGCUGUCAAAGUUUCGAGAAGCUUCAUUGA